UUGCCCUUUUUCCCUUCUUCACUACUUCACAUUCACUCUCCACUCACCAGCAAAAAUGCCAGUCUAUUCAACGUUAUAGUAUCGUGCGAUUCGGUGGCUUACGGGUUAUAAGUGUGGCUUUGAUUUAAUCCUAGAACCAGUUGCAGAUAGCUCAAUAGUCAAUACUGAAUUCAAAGCAAAUGGUCCACAUGUCUGCAUCGCUAGGGCGGUUUAAUGAGCUUGUAGCAUCCUCCCGUAUUGAUAGGCUAGUUUCCCUUUUACAUUCCAAAAAAUCUCUGCCUCUAUGGCUUAAGAAUGUACGCCACUUUAGCUUCACUGAUGACCGUGGUGGCAGCAUCAAACAACCCGUGGGAGAAUCUGAUGACUUUUUUCUUCAACAAUCUGACCCAAGUUUUAAUGACAGUGGUAGCAAUAGAAGUCAGGAGGGAUACAAUGUUCAACAGUGUUCAUCAGAACAAAUUCCAAGCAGGCCUUUGAGAGGUAGAGAACCAAUGAAUCAGCCUCCUCCAGGUUUCGGAGAACAUAAUAGACGUUCCCAUUCCUUCCCUCCAAAAUUUGAUGACAACCUCGACAGACUUGGUGAAUUGGACAAGACUGAUAAAUCUUCCCAAAUUGAUCUUGGAUUUCAGGGCAGAAAUAUGGCAGAAACAAAUAGGGAAACCAGUCAAUUAGGAGACGGUUUCCUUGAUAAAUUCAAGCUUGGUUUUGAUAAUAAAACAUUAAAUCCCUCAGAGGUUGCAGCAAGCAACCAAUUUGAAGAAGCAAAGAAGUCAAAUCCCAAUCAACCAGGUCCAGAGUGUAUGCCUCAAGAUGCUGAUGAGAUCUUCAAGAAGAUGAAGGAAACUGGUCUUAUCCCUAAUGCUGUGGCUAUGCUUGAUGGUCUUUGUAAAGAUGGUCUUGCUCAAGAAGCCUUAAAACUUUUUGGUUUGAUGCGGGAGAAGGGAACCAUUCCGGAGGUUGUCAUAUACACAGCUGUAGUUGAGGGCUAUACAAAGGCCCACAAGGCUGAUGAUGCCAAAAGGAUUUUCAGGAAAAUGCAGAGUAGCGGCAUUUCACCCAAUGCUUUCAGUUACACGGUGCUUAUACAAGGACUCUACAAAUGUAGCAGUUUACAUGAUGCUUUUGAAUUUUGUGUGGAGAUGUUAGAGGCAGGUCAUUCUCCAAACGUGGCAACUUUUGUAGGCCUAGUAGAGGGUUUCUGCAAGGAGAAGGGGGUUGAAGAAGCAAAGGGUGCUAUCAGAACAUUAAUAGAAAAGGGUUUUGAAGUAAAUGAGAAAACUGUUAGGGAGUUUUUGGACAAGAAAGCACCAUUUUCACCCUCAGUUUGGGAGGCCAUCUUUGAGAAGAAAGCUCCAAAAAGACCAUUUUAAAUCUCUUUCAGACUAUAUCAUGAGAUACUCAGACUGGAAAGUCCUGCGGUUUUGGCUUCGUUAGCUGUUAUUCAUUUGAGUCAUCUGACGCUUCAGUUGACGUAAGCCUUUGCUGAUAUAUCUCUGUAUAUUGGGUUUGAGAAAUCAUUUGUAGGAAUGUAAUGUGAGGUGAACCCCUCAUUUUUUGUUACUUAUUCAGCGCUUGUAGUUUAUAAAACUUUAUCUGUAUUUAUGGUUUCA